AUGGAUCAAGCAUCAUCGUUCAAAUCGUCUAUACGCUAUGAAGUGUGCAAUUCCGAUGCUGACAAUAAUACUUCAUCAAUAAAACCAUCAGAACAAGAAUUAUUAUCACUUACUGAUGACGAACUAUGUGAAAUUACGAUUUCACCAACAACAAUUAAAACAACAUCAUUAUCAUUAUCCUCACCUAAUCAUCAUACAUCAUCAUUAACUCCAUUAAUUCCUAUAACAUCAAGUGGUAUUCAUCGAGCAUCAUCUACUGAUUUAACAACACAUCUUAAAUCAUUACCAUCACCUUCUCCAUCACAACAUCAAUUUGGUAGUACUCUAUCAAUACAUUCUCUUGCUAAACAAACGAAUACACAACAUCGUCCAUCAAUAAAUUCUCCAUGUUCAUUAAGUAGUCGUCAAUCAAUCUCAAGACAAUCAGUAUUUGGUACACUUGCAACUACAUUAACAGCUGUACGAAAAACAUCAUCAUCAGCAUUAACUUUAGCACAACAACGAUUAUCAACUGAUAAUGGAAAUUUAUUUUCUGCUUAUCAAGGCGAUUAUAUUCGUCAAUCACGACAAUUACGUAAAGCACGUAGACAAGAUAUAAAAGCUCGUUUUGAAAAAUUUGAUUUAAAUCCUCCAACAACACGUCGUACACGUUUUACAUUUAUAUUUGAUCCAAGUGGUCGUUUAUCUUAUUAUUGGACAUCAAUCAUAAGUCUUGCAUUUCUCUAUAAUUUUUGGAUAAUUAUAUUUCGUUUUUCAUUUCAUGAAUUAACAUCGAAUAAUUUUAUUUUAUGGUUUAUAUUUGAUUAUUCAUGUGAUUUUAUUUAUUUAAUGGAUAUUAUGUUUAAUUUUCGUACAGCAUAUUUAGAAGAAGGUGUUAUACAAACAGAUCCAAUUAAAUUACGACAUUAUUAUAUGAAUACAACAAGAUUUUAUAUCGAUUGUCUUUGUUUAAUGCCAUUAGAUUUUCUUUAUCUAUCCAUUGGUUUUAAAUCAAUUGUUCGUUGUUUUCGUUUAGUUAAAAUAUAUCGUUUUUGGACAUUUUUGGAUCGAACUGAACGACAUACAAACUAUCCGAAUUUAUUUCGUACUAUUGUUAUGAUACAUUAUUUAUUAGCAAUAUUUCAUUGGAAUGCAUGUUUAAUCUAUAUACUACAUACGCGAUCAAAAUUAGAUAUAACAACACAAUUUUCAUUUACAUUAGAUGAUAGUGGUUCAAAUUAUUUUAAAGCUUUAUAUUGGUCAAUAACAACCUUAACUUUAACACAAAAUCAAGAGACAAAACCUGAAUCAAAAGAAGAUUAUAUCUUUUUAAGUUUUCAAAUUAUUUUUGCUUUAUUAUUAUUUGCAACAAUUAUGGGACAUGUUGCAUCAAUUGUAGCAAAUUUAAGUAAUGCAAGAAAAGAUUUUCAAGCAAAAUUGGAUGCUGUUAAAACAUAUAUGUCAUUAAGACGUGUGCCGAAUAACCUUGAAGAUCGUGUUAUUCGAUGGUUUGAUUAUUUAUGGAUGAGUCAUAAAUCUGUUGAUGAUAAUCAUGUUCUAUCAUUAUUACCAUAUAAACUUCGUGCUGAAAUAGCAAUACAUGUUCAUUUAGAUACAUUAAAACGAGUUGAAAUAUUUCAGAAUACAGAAGCUGGAUUUUUAAAUGAAUUAGUUUUACGUCUUAAACCUGUUCUUUUUUCUCCUGAUGAUUUUAUUUGUCGUAAAGGUGAAGUUGGAAAAGAAAUGUAUAUUGUUAAUCGAGGAAAAUUACAUGUUAUGGCUGAUAAUAAUAAAACAGUUUUAGCAACAUUAAAAGCCGGUUCAUAUUUUGGAGAAAUAAGUAUAUUAAAUAUGGGUAGUGGAAAUCGACGAACAGCAUCAGUACGAUCAGUUGGUUAUUCAGAUUUAUUUUGUCUUUCGAAGGAAGAUCUUUGGGAAGUAUUAAAAGAAUAUCCAGCUGUACGUGUUAAACUUGAAUCGAUUGCUGUGAAACGUCUUGAAAAACAUAAAAAGCCAUUAAUACAACUAAUUAAUCUAAAACGAAGUAAAAGUUCACCAGGCUUAAUCGAAGCAAGUUGUCGUAUACCAUUCUAUGCAUCUUUUCGACGAUUAAACAGUGACACACAACGACUUUCAUCAAUUAAAGAAUCCGAUGUCAAAACCAGUAUGCAAUUGAAUUCAUCAAAUCCUUUACUGAUCACAGCACCAUUAGCAUCAUCAAUAAGUGUAACAUCAUCAUUAAAUUCUGGUUCAGUAUUAUUAAAUGACAUUGAAUAUUUAAAAAAACGUCUUAUUGAACUUGAACAAGAAAAUUAUUCAUUAAAUCCAAUACUUAAACAACGCUAUAUUGAAAUUGAAAAUCAUUUGAAAAUCCUUCAAAGUAAACAAAAUGAAAAAUAA